AUGGCUUCCCAUCCCAUCUACACUCUUCUUGAACAAUCCCAAGUAUCGCCACCACCGGACACCCUAAGCGACAGGUCUCUGACUCUGACUUUUUUCGACAUCUUGUGGCUCGCCUCCCCUCCGGUUCACCAUCUUUUCUUCUAUGACCUCCCAACUACAAAACCUCACUUCACUGAGACCAUCGUUCCCAAACUUAAAAACUCGUUAUCAAUCACCCUUCAACAUUUUUUUCCUUUCGUUGGUAACUUGAUCGUAUUUCCAUCUCCUGAUAAAAAACCAGAAAUUCGUUAUGUUGAAGGUGAUUCUGUCGAUGUUACAUUCCAAGAAUCUAACCUUGAUUUUAACGAUCUUACAGGAAACCAUCCUCGAGACUGUGACAAGUUUUAUCACCUUAUCCCUCUACUGGGGAAGGGUGUUAAAGUAUCUGAUUACAUAAAGAUCCCCAUCUUCUCAGUUCAAGUAACGUUUUUUCCAUAUCAUGGUAUCUCUAUUGGUAUGACCAACCACCAUAGCCUUGGUGAUGCUAGCACUAGGUUUUGUUUCUUGAAGGCGUGGACUUCGAUUGCAUGUUCUGGAACAGAUAAGUCAUUCCUAGCUAAUGGAACUUUGCCGUUUUAUGAUAGAGUAGUCAACUACCCAAAACUAGAUGAAAGUUUUCUAAAGCGUUCAAAGGUUGAAACUCUUAUCGAAGGGUAUCAACCUCCUACCCUUUCUGGACCUAUUGAUAAAUCUCGUGCCACUUUCGUUUUGACACGAACUGAUAUCAACCGGUUGAAGAAAAUGGUCUUAACCCAACUGCCAACAUUAGUAUAUGCAUCAUCUUUUACAGUUGCAUGUGCUUAUACAUGGAGUUGCAUAGCAAAGUCACGCAACGAUGAGCUAGAACUAUUUGGCUUCGCUAUCGAUUGUAGGGCACGCAUGCAUCCACCAGUCCCACAGUCUUACUUCGGGAACUGUGUUUGGGGUUGUAUAACCAUAGCAAAAACUACAGUUUUAACGGGAAAGGAUGGAUUCGUGACUGCUGCUAAAUUGCUUGGAGAAAGUUUACAUAAGACCUUGACUGAUAAGGAUGGAGUCGUGAAAGAUAUAGGGUCGUUCGAUGAUUUGUUCUCGGAGGGGAUGCCAUCAACAAUGAUGGGGGUUGCUGGAACACCAAAGCUAAAAUUUUAUGAUUUGGAUUUCGGAUGGGGUAAACCAAAAAAGCAUGAAACCAUUUCGAUCGAUUACAAUGGGUCAAUAUCGAUUAGCGCCUGCAAAGAAUCAAAUGAAGAUCUAGAGAUUGGCGUUUCCCUUUCUGCUUCUGAGAUGGAUGCUUUUGUUGCUAUCUUUGAAGACGGAUUAAAAGCCGGCGUUUAA